AUGCUCUCAAUCAUCAUCACUUCUUUCUGGAAUUACGCCGCGAGCAUCAUAAAAGAAGCCGUUCUCGAGCUAUGUGCGCUGGAGCUCUCCUCUUUCCUGGGAUUUGGCUGGCGCGUCGCGAACAUGAAACUCGGCCUUCGGAGUGUGGCUGCAACUGCGGCGGUCCUCGCUGCUACUUCUCAGCCGCAGUGUCCUGAUUAUACCACGUACUCGCAGAACCCUCAUGCACCGCUCUCAACUGGACCGCUGGCUUUGCCGUUUAUGAGGCCUGAUCCAGCAUGUAGGACAUUCAAUAGUACUAGCGUUGAGAAAGUGAUAUCAGACAUGAAAUCUCGCCUCAAGAACCCUGACCUCGCCAGGCUCUUUGAGAAUACGUUCCCAAAUACCCUUGAUACUACGGUCAAAUAUUUCAACGAGACAGAAAAUUUGGCAUUUAUCAUAACCGGAUUCGCCCACUAUCACACCUUGCUAGCAGGCGAUCGAAAGCUAGCGACGUUGGUCAAGGCAGUGAUCAACAACGAAGCCAGAUAUGUCGCGCAGUUCCCGUAUUGCGGAGCGUUCCAGCCGCCACCUGAAAGUGGGCUACCACCUACCCAUAAUGAUUGGGCGGACGGAGUCACGGUCAACCCCCCCGUUGACAACACUACGGUGUUUGAGUGCAAGUAUGAAAUUGACUCAUUGUGUGGCUUCCUCAAACUGUCGAGAUCGUAUUAUCAAUCCACGAAAGACGCGUCGUUCAUCAACGACAAUUGGCGCGCCGCAAUUGAUCAGAUAUUCCGCGUCAUCAACGAGCAAUCGCAGCCCACGUUCGACAAAGAUUUCAACCUGAUAUCAUUCUAUAAUUGGACUGGUGGAGGAGGUGCUUUGUCGCCGCAGGUCAAUAACAGAGGCAUCGGCGAGCCGAAAGGCUUCACGGGCAUGGUUGGGACACACCAUAGGCCCUCUGAUGAUCUCAGUACCUUUGCUUUUCUCACUCCGGCAAACGCCAUGCUGAGCGUAGAACUUGGUCAUUUGGCGGAUGUGUUGGACCAGGCCAAGCAAGCCAGGAAUAUUAGCCGUUUGGCUAGGCAAUGGAGUAAGACCAUCCAUGAUGCGAUAUGGGAUACCACGAUUGUCGAUAAUAUCUUCGCAUACGAAACCAAUGGCCUUGGGAGUAGAUAUGUCAUGGAUGACGCCAAUGUCCCAUCCUUGCUCUCGUUGCCUUACCUUGGGUUCCUGGAUAAGCACCAUCCAGCUUACGUGGCAACUCGCAAAGUCUUGUUCUCAAGCAAGAAUCCGUAUUUUGCAGCAAGUAAAAUCUCAAGUUUCCGAGGCGCUGGAGGGCCACACGUGGACCCUUGGCAUCCUUGGCCUAUGUCCCAAAUCUCAGCAAUAUUUGGAACUGACGACGACGCAGAGAUAUUGAAUUCGCUGUUUAUCAUCGCGAACAACACUAAUGGGUUGGGCCUCAUUCACGAAUCACAGUCGAUUUAUGACACCAAGGAUUACACUCGUAGUUGGUUCGCGUGGGCCAACAGCUACUUUGCUGAAAUGUUGCUUGAUCUCGCUGCUCGCAAGCCUGGAUUGAUAUUUAAAGAGGGUAUUAAGAGUUAUGUUCCAUCAUAA